AUGAGUAACGCUGAUAAGAUGUACAUCUCGUACAAUAACAUUCACAAAUUAUGCCAAAAGAUUGCUAAGCAAAUCUUAGAAAGGAAUGAAAGACCUGAUAUCAUUAUCGCCAUCACUGGUGGAGGUAUGAUUCCCGCUAGAAUUAUUAGAUCUUUCUUGAAAGUUAAAGGUCAAAAAAACAUUCCAAUUCAAGCAAUUGGGUUAUCUUUAUAUGAAGAUCUUGGUUUAGAUACUACUGUUGAAACUAUCGGUAAAGAAGUUAUCAGAACACAAUGGUUAGAUUUUAUGGCAUUAGAUAAACAUUUCGAUUCUUUAAUUGGUAAGAAAGUUUUGAUUGUUGACGAAGUAGAUGAUACUAGAACUACUCUACAUUAUGCUGUUUCUGAAUUAGAGAAAGAAGUUGUUGAACAACAAAAAAGAUUAAAUAGAUUAGAUGAAGAAACAUUGUUUUCUGUCUUUGUUCUACAUAAUAAAGACAAACCAAAGAAGGCAGAUUUACCAAAGGAAAUGCUUGAAUCUGGUCGUUAUUUAGCUGCUGUCACAGUUCCUGACAAAUGGUUAUGUUAUCCAUGGGAGGCUGAAGACAUUGAAGAACACACUAACUUGGCUAAAUUACAAGGAAAUGAUUGA